AUGGCCGACUGCAUCAGCACCCUCCCCGACGACCUUCUCCACCACGUGCUUUCCUUCCUCCCCGCGCACGAUGCGGUGCGGACCUGCAGGCUCGCGCGGCGCUGGCGCCACCUCUGGAAAUCCGCCCGGGCCCUGCGCGUCACCGGCAAGGGAUGCACCAACGAGUGGUUCGUCAACUUCGUGGAUAGCCUGCUCCUCCUCCGCGACCCCAGCGAGCGACUGGACUCGUUCGAGCUCGACCUCAACUACGGCGACGACUUCGAUUCCAAGGACUUCGACUUCGAUUCGAAGGUGUUCCUGCCCGUGCCCGCUAACGAGGAGGACGUGAACAGGUGGUUCCGGCUCGUCCUGCUGUGCAGACCCCGGGUGCUGCUGGCGUUGCGUACCGACUAUCGUCUAAGCCUUGCCAAUGUCCCUCUCAUAUCCCAGCACCUCACAAGACUGGAACUUCGGAGGUUGUACGUGCACAGCAGCACGCUCGAUUUCUCGGGCUGUCCUGCGCUGCUUCGUCUCAGGAUGGAGGAUUGCACCAUUUGCGGGAAUAUCUCUUCUCCAUUCCUGAAGCAUCUCAGCACUAUCUACUCUUCUUUCCGGGCAGGCGCCUUCCGCGCCCGGGUCUAUUUGCCCAACCUUGUUUCCCUCGAGCUAGACGGUUUUUACGGUAGGACGCCGGUACCGAUUGAAAGCAUGUCACUGUUAACUUCGGCAAUUGUUAGAAUCAAUACAUGUCUUGAUUGUUGUCGUAAGAAUGACUAUGGAGGUUGCGAUGAUCGUCAAUGUCAUGGAUGUUAUGAAUCUGAAAGUGGUGCUCACGAUAGGCGUGGCGAGUCUGUGCUUUUGAAAGGAUUAUCACAAGUUGCCUCGUUGGAGUUGUGGGUUCAUCCUCAAGUGGUAUGCAUGCUUGCUUGCACUUGCUUCUUCGGUUUGUGGGACUUGAAAUUGUGCCCAACAUUCAGCAAGUUAAAGACUUUGUUGCUCAGCAAUUGGUGCCCUGGCAUUGCUGGUGACCUCAAUAUAUUAAAUUGCUUCCUCAAACAUUCACCAAUUUUGGAGAAGCUCACUAUCCAGCUUUCUGAGGAACCUAAAGUUCCGGUGAAAAUACAAAGAAGUUACACUCCAUCAAAGCAAUCAUUUGCAUUCACCCAUCUGAAGAUCGUCGAGAUCAAAUGUGACAAAGUUGAUGGGUGGGCUCACAAGGUUUUGGACAUCUUGAGUACCUUCAACAUACCACUCGAGAAAGUUACAAUCCAGCGAGGAAAUAAAAACUUCUGGAUCUUAAUGUGA